GUGUACCUACCCACUUCUAGAAGGAAUCUUGUGAUGGGUUAUGAAAAGGGAUAAAUAGAAGAGGGAAAUUCAUGGAUGGGCAUCAAUUGUUUGUUAUCUUCUUGUAUUGUGGUUGUGGAGCCAAGGGCUGUCGGCAGAUUUUGGUCGUGGGGAACGGAACCUCCCUUUGAUCCACAUAACUGAGAGGGUGUAAGAUCUCUUGAGGGGUUGCGUUUAGGAGGUGAUAUUUCAGUCAUCUCACUUGGACUUCAUUGGUGGCCAAAGGCCAAUUUCAUUGAGCUCUCAUUGGAGACAUCUCCAGCAUCAAGUGUCUUUAACAAAUCUGCUUGUUGGAGCUGAUCUGCACAUUCAUUCACUGAGUUUAACUCAGUUUUUACACAGGUAUACAUCAGAUUGGGAGUGGUGCCAUACUCAGAAAUUUUCAGGUUUACAACAGAUGAGGAAUGAGCCACGGUUUGGCUCCCUUUGUCCUACAUUAGCCUCGGCAUUUUGAGGAGAGAGGCGAACCUCAUCUAAUGGUGAAUGGAGGUGGAUUGUAGUUGCUAUUGAAAGAUUCCAGGUCUGAGACAAAGUCCGUACUCAGCCCCCAAACCCAUGAUAUUGCUCACAUUGCAUCAUCUAAGCACCGAAAUUCAUCUUGGAGGUUAGCAAUUUCAACAAGAGACCUAGGUGACUCUUUUUAUGGCAAUUUGGAAGUGAAUUAACAAGGGACCGGUUCCAAAUCGAUUUCAAAUUAGAAAUCGAACCGAGCUGUUAUCACCUUGCUUUUUGGGUCCUAGCUCGGCAUAUGAUUUCAAAACUGCACAUAGAGAAAUGCGAUACAUUCCAGCAUUGGAGGCGACUCUAUUGGUAGAGGUUUGAGGUGCUAUUGGCUGCCAUACAUCGAAACCUCAGACCUCCCAUUUGCAGCAGUAGGGGCGAUAUAGGAAGGAGUUUGAUUUGGCAACUUGGAGGCCCUUUGAUACAUGAUAUUGCUUGCUUCGUCGACUGUCCAACAAGGCGAUUCACAUCAGGUUAUGGAAAGACUUGUCAAGAAAUAUGAGCAAAAAUAUAAAAAGGCAAGAGAGGAAAUGGACAAGUGGAAUGUUCUACAAUCUCGACUUCUCAAUCAACUUCAAAAUGCAAUAGCUAUCAUAGAGCGCUUGAAGGUAUUGGAAGAUUCAGAGAACUAUGGAGUGCUAAACGUAUUUAGCCACAUAACCAUGGAGCUUCCUGGGAAGCAAAUGGAAUCUCUGGAAACCAUUUUUGCUUCUAUGCAAUCAACGCUGGAUGAAUUUGAUAGGGUAGUUAAAUCUCUGGAAAAGAUCUGGCGAGACAGUUGUUACCUUUUGAAGGGAGAGACUGUAGAACCAACAGUGCAACAGAUGCAGAUGCGGGUUGGGAUAAGGCCAAGUCUAAGUGAUUGCCUAGAUGGCAUAAAAGCUAUUUAUGAUAUGCAUCAUUCCGAGCAUCUUCUUAAAGUAUCAAUUAUCUCAGCACUUACAUACAACUUGAGGGCCAGUGAUUUGGCUGCUCUGCAAGCUAUAUUGGUAGACCAACCUAAUAUUCCUACAGAUGAAGUACAAUUUAUUUGUAACAUAAUAUUUGCAGAGGAAAUAUCUUAACAUGAUAAUGAGUUGUUGACCAGACCAUAAGUGCAGAAACAUGGACUGGAUUCAAAGAGUUGUUGAAAGAUCAAUACUAAAAUGUAAUGAAGGCAUAAUGGGUAAGGGGAUAUCUAUUUAUCCCUCUAGAAUUCUUGACCCAAUUGAGCAUGGUUCUUUGCAUCUUAAACAAUCGAGUGCUAUUUUGCAUCUAAAAUGUAUUGAUGAAAUAUUCCUUAUGAACUAUUUAACUAAUUGAAGUGUAGCUACUUUGUGUUCACUGGCCUUGUUUCCUAUCAUAGUUUAUGGCAACGCCAAUUUAUUUUUU